UGUUGGCCCCAGUGUUGGCCCGGCUGCCGCUGUGGACGGGUGUGGACGCUACGCCACUACAGCCGCUGCCUCCCUCUCUCGCUCGCCCGCCCCGCCUGGCCCGGCACGCGACACUACCAUCACCGUGAUCUUGUGGCCCUCAGGAACAUAAUUACCAAGCUGACCAUGAAGACCAUGAACCUGGUGAACCGAGUUUCUCUUAUCGGAUAUUAUUACUUGAUGAAGUAUUGUAUGAUGAUUAUGUCUUGCUGUGAGAAGUUAUUCAUAUAGAGAAUUACAAUACCGUCUUGGAACAUUAAUUUACCAGGUGAACGUUUGAGAGAGUCACCACGGGGACUAAUUGUAAGAAUCAUUCAUAAACAAAAAGAGAAAGAAGAAAAUACAUGGGAUCUUUUUUUUUCUUUUAACGAUAGACCAAAGUGAUGGUAAGUGGAACAACACCUUGACUCUGAAUCCUCUUUACGAAUGAGAAGAAAAAAAAACGUGUAAAGAUACCAAGACAAAUUUAGACCAAGAAGCAGGUGUGGUAAACAAACCUGUGAGAACUUCGGGUCAUUAACAGGACAGAGAGAUGACCGACCAUUGCCGACCACUGAGCUGCCUCCUGCUCCUGCUACCAGCCUUAGGAGCCACCGUGGACAGUAAGCUUGGUGGGAUAUCCUCGCUGUCGAAUAAGCCUCCCCUGCCAGUGAAGACCCAGAGAUUCGUGAGCGUGUCCGAGGCGCACUACGACCACACCCAUCACACCCACCACCACCACGAAGAGACGCCCGAGCCACUGAACUGAACAACAGUACCCGGGAGGUGUUCCUGGGUGAUACAGCCACUCUGGAGUGUACCGUGCAUGAUCUUCUCAAUGAGUCGGUGUCAUGGAUGCGACAGGUGGACGAGGUGAAGCUCCUCACCUACACACACACCUAUGUUAAAGACGACAGGUACCGGCUAGUGCACGAGGCAGGAGACAGAUGGCAGCGCUGGCAGCUGGUCAUAGGAAACGUUCAAACACAGGACGUGGGGGAGUACCGCUGUCAAGUGGCCACCACGCCCCCCCUCAUCAUGGACGUCACACUCAGUGUAACAGAGCCGAGGGCGCGGGUGGUGGACGAGAGAGGUGAGGAGGUCAGAGAGAAACACUACAACAGCGGCAGUAUGAUAGAACUCAAGUGUGUCAUCGACCAGGUGCCCUUCCCACCUGGCCCCGUCACCUGGCGCAGGGGAGCUACCACCCUCUCCUUCAACACCUCCAGGGGAGGCAUCAGUGUGAAGGGCGACGCGGCCUCGGGGUUCAUCGCUAGCCGCCUCUAUGUGGCCAAUGCUGCUCCCACAGACUCCGGCCGCUACUCCUGCUGGUACGCCAACUACACCAGCGACACCGUCACCGUCCAUGUUAUAGCGGGUGAGAACUCGGCGUUCAUGCAGCAUGACGCCCUGCCUGAGACACCUACUGCUGCAGCUGGAGGAGGUGCCGCCGCGCCCCUUCAGGUGUUGUGGUGGUGGCCCCUCCUAAUAGUGGUCACCUUGGCCACCUGUGACUUCUUCCACACUCUGCUCACCUGGGUCGACUCCACCACCUCUUACUGCCGCCUCCACCACCACCCACUCCUCCACACUAGUACCACUUGAUCUCUCCACCACCCCUCCCCCCUCUCCCCAUGUAAACAACUGCUACCGCUCCGUUAAUAGAGUUUUAUAACUUUACACGUACGCAAGGUAUAUGUAAAUAAAUUAUAUAUAUGAUAUGUCCCCUGAAGUGUUGGGUCCAAGUGGAUUCAAAAUGUUGUCUAAAUUUUCUAUAUAAUAUAUACUGUAUAUGAUUCGAUAAUA